AUGUUAGGCUCAGUCAUUAACGUAAUGGAAAAGACAGUUCUCCAUGAUGUUUCUUACGGUGCCCUCACACAACUUUACGCUGGCACUUCCGCAGCAGCGGCACAGCUGAAUGGCAAGGUCACACUCGAAUCUGUAUCUCUACUCGUUUUGUUGACGUAUCCUCAGUAUCUAAUUCCUUGGGCCCGAAUUGGCAAACCCCACGCUGGGACGCAGGACCCACAACUUGGUGCGGAACUGUGGGAAUGGCUGGAGAUCCAAGUUGCACCACCUUUCCAUUCAGUGUAA